AUGGCAGAGGUCCUCCCCUCUAAAUACCUAUAUCUCACAGAGCUUACAUUCGCUCCAAACCAUAAAUGGUCAGAGUAUUAUGCGUCAGGAGCUGAAAUACGUGCCUACUACGAAAGUCUCGUCAAAGAAUAUGGGAUCGACACACAUUUGCAAUUGAGACAUGAGGUACUUUCAGCCGUGUGGUCGGAUGGCAUUAGUGAAUGGGUUGUUCAAGUCAAAAACCUGAAUACCGGGCAGAUUUUCACGGAAACGGCAAACUUCUUUGUCUCAGCAGCUGGACGUUUGAAUGAACCUAAAUUUCCUAAUAUUCCAGGGCUCGACAAGAUAUACGAAGGCAUCUAUACACAUACUGCUCAGUGGACUGACGAUCUCACACGCCAAUUGGAAGGUAAAUCGGUGGCUGUCAUUGGUAACGGGGCUAGUGGCCAACAAAUUUUAACAAAUAUCCUUGAUAAAGCUGCACAUAUUGACCACUACGUAAGGUCAAAACAGUGGAUUGUUUCAGCUCUAGCUCCAAACCUAGUCACACCAACCCCUGACACACCGGGAGGUCACAUAUUCACUGAAGCAGAAAAAGAAAGUUUUGAAAAACACCCCGAAAUCUAUCUAGAAUACCGCCGAUCGAUUGAGAAAAACUUCCAUGGAAGAUACCAAGGUAGUAUUGCUGGCAGCAAAGAAAACAAUGAAAUCCGACAGAGAUUUGAAGAAGCAUUGUGGAAUCGAGUAGGUGGCGAUAAAGGCUGGUUUGAUCGUCUAGUCCCCGAUUUUGCGCCUGGGUGCAAACGCCCGAUUCCUUCAGCAAGUUAUGUGGACGCUAUACGAAGUUAUAAGGUGGACUAUGUUGAUCAUUCAGAAAUUACACAUGCUACAGCAACCGGACUCGUUACUGCAGAUGGUAAAGAGAGACCAGUUGAUAUCAUCAUUGCUGCAACGGGUUUCAAGAACGGCUUUCUCCCCUUGUUCCCUACUAUCGGGAAGAACGGGUUGGACUUGAGGAAACACUGGGCAGACGAUGGGCCGAUCGGAUAUCCCGCAACGUACUUUGGUGUCAUGGCACCUCUCGUACCGAAUUACUUUACUGUCUGUAGCGCCAACACCAACGGACAGGGGGGUACUUUCCCACUUCAAACCGAGAUCUCAGCAACGUAUAUCUCGAAAGUGAUUCGCAAAGUCCAGAGUCAAGGCUACAAAUAUAUAUACCCAUCGCAAGAAGCCACUGAUGAGUUCAAUGAGGUCAUAACAUCAUUUUUUGACGAUAAAACGAUUAACGAUGAAUGUGAUGGGUGGUGGAAGAGUGGAUUUGGAAAAUCGAGACCAUUGCUCUCAUGGCCGGGCACUGGUCACCACAGAUUCGAUAUUAGUCGAGAUCCCCGCUGGGAGGAUUUUGUCUUUGAAAGAUUCGACGAAGGGAGAAGGAACAGAUUUGAGUACUUUGGCAAUGGAUAUACGGAGAGAGAAGAAAGUGCAGAUGAGAUCUCACUUACUAAUUAUAUCAAGCAGGGGGGCAGGGUUGAUGAUCGAGGUCUUGCGACUCUCCAUGAAAAUUGGAAUGAUUAG